GCAGGCGGGAAGGGGUAAGAUGGCGGCGUAGAGGCGGUUGGUGUGACCUGCUCCUACUGUGCCGCGUCCUCGCAGGAGGCGGGCGGGUCCCCGCGCGGCAGCCGCGGGCGCUGCGUGGCGGAGCGACGAGGAGGAGGAGAAAAAGGGCGCCUCUGCUGCAGCCGCCGCCAUGCCCAACAUCAAGAUCUUCAGCGGGAGCUCGCACCAGGACCUGUCCCAGAAGAUCGCCGACCGCCUGGGCCUGGAGCUGGGCAAGGUGGUCACCAAGAAGUUCAGCAACCAGGAGACAUGCGUGGAAAUAGGCGAGAGUGUUCGUGGGGAGGACGUCUACAUUGUGCAGAGUGGCUGUGGGGAAAUCAAUGACAAUCUGAUGGAGCUCCUCAUCAUGAUCAAUGCCUGUAAGAUUGCUUCAGCCAGCAGAGUCACAGCUGUCAUCCCCUGCUUUCCUUACGCCCGGCAGGACAAAAAGGACAAGAGUCGAGCUCCAAUCUCUGCCAAGUUGGUUGCAAACAUGCUGUCUGUGGCAGGUGCAGAUCAUAUAAUCACCAUGGACCUGCAUGCAUCUCAGAUUCAGGGUUUUUUUGAUAUCCCUGUUGAUAAUUUAUAUGCUGAGCCUGCUGUACUGAAAUGGAUCAAAGAGAAUAUUCCAGAGUGGAAGAACUGCACCAUUGUUUCACCAGAUGCUGGUGGAGCCAAGAGAGUGACCUCCAUUGCAGAUCGGUUGAAUGUAGACUUUGCCCUCAUUCACAAGGAGCGCAAGAAGGCCAACGAGGUCGAUCGCAUGGUGCUGGUGGGGGACGUCAAGGACAGAGUGGCCAUCCUGGUAGAUGACAUGGCAGACACGUGUGGCACCAUCUGCCAUGCUGCAGACAAGCUUGUGUCAGCUGGAGCCACCAAAGUUUAUGCCAUCUUAACUCACGGGAUCUUUUCUGGGCCAGCAAUUUCCCGGAUCAACAAUGCCUGCUUUGAGGCAGUUGUAGUCACAAACACAAUACCCCAGGAGGACAAGAUGAAGCAGUGCCCUAAAAUCCAGGUGAUUGACAUCUCAAUGAUCCUUGCAGAGGCCAUCAGGAGGACUCAUAAUGGGGAAUCUGUUUCCUACCUAUUCAGCCAUGUCCCUUUAUAACAACAGAUGUCAGCUGCUGCUUGUAUGGCUUUUUUUUUUAAAACCAAAAGUUGUUCAGCUUGUUGUAAAGUUCAGUAGAAGACUCUGCUUGUUCCAGUGCAGCUCUCCACAGCUCCUGCUUAAGUCAGGCUUACUGGCUCUGUUCCCAACACUGGGAGGCUGGAGGGGGAAAGCUCAUGUCUGUAACAGCCAACUCCACCAGCACCCCUGUGCAUGGAGCUGAUCAGUAGCACUGACUCAAUUCUGCAGGUCUGUGGAGAGCAGGACUGACACAUGGCUAAUUGCCACAAUUAUUUUGAGGGGGGGAGGGAGAGGGUUUGUCUGUGGGCAGGGUUAGAUGAUCUGGCAUGCGCACCCUAAAUUGUUUGGGAAGUAGAGCUCCCUAGGACAUGUUGAUCUGGAUCUACAGCAAGAGCCCAAGAGACUGCUGGCUGUCUUACCACUCUGUACCUGACACAGCCUUUGGAGAGUGCUGGGGAAGGCUUGUGUCUUGGCCAAGCUCGACCCUUGGUGAAGCCCUGGGAGACACCUAGGAGGUACUGCUACAGCUUCCUCCCAUGAAAGGAGAUCAGUGUAGCUUGCAAACUUGAAUUCCUCUUAAUUGUUGAUGAAAUUAAAUGCCCUUUAGUGUGCUACACAGCAAAGUGAGGGUGAGAGCAGAGUCUGUGCAGUGCUGUGUUAGCCUGGUGGGGAAGAUGCAUCCUGCACAAGUGUUCUGUUCCAAAAACUCUGACAUAGAGAACUUGUGGUUGUGUGCUUUGGUUUCUAGUGCAGGCUAAAACCAGCUUCUUAAUUUUACAGCUUCCUGUUAGCCUUGCUAGCUAGAGGACUGCUGUCAUGUACUGCAGCUGCACCUUGACCUGCUGUGCAACCCCCUGACCCUUUUUUUACCAGUGCAGUGGUAAACAGAGCCUCUUUAUCCUACAGCAGCAGGGUUGUUGCAUCUAGCAAAUGCCUGCUCAGACACUGGGGUGACCUGAAACACAACAGCUUUGUGUCCAGCUGGCUCAGCCUCUCAUUCAUUGCCUGUUACAGUCCUGUUAUCCUGGAAGUUACUGACACUUUGUCCUGCUCAUUGUUUGCCUUUCCCUGAAAGCAUUGCUUCUUGCAAAAUACCUUAAGCCAAGGAGCACUGCAGCUCACAGGACAGCAAAACCUGAAGGAACCCUUGGAGUGGGUCCAAUGCUUCUCAGAAGUGUUUAUGGCAAUGGGUUGAAGAGGCUGGUGAUACAUAAUACU